AUGAAUGGAAAUAUUGCUGGUUCCCUCCUCUUCCAUUGGAAAGACGCACCGGUCCAUCGUCCUGGCCUGCGUGUGCUGCUCGGAAUUGCAGAGCAAGAAGAGAUGAAGGAAUGGAAAGGCGGCAGUCAUAGUGGAUCAGUCGAUGAAGACGAAUCAUUAUGCUCUUGA